CCCAAGUUGUAGACAAACAGAAAUGUAACUUUUUUGCCUUUGAUCUUUGUGUCUAAUCAUGGGGGAAGGAAGACAUGGUCCAGUAUGCCUGACAACCUUGCCAUUUAUUACCUUGUAGAUUCUGUAGCGAUUGGCCACGCUAUCAUAGAGGAAGGGUAAUCGAUCAUCACACAGCUGACAUUUAAUUGAGAGUACAUGCUACUGAUUUUCUGUAGUGUGGCAUGUGGAUGGGCCAAAUGCUCAAGAAUUUCACCCUGUUGAUGAGGAUGUAAGGUGAAUAAUCCUCCCCAUCUGACAUCCAACUUCACCGACCUGACCAAGAAGCACUGAAGAUGCCGAUCAGAGUUGCUGUAAUUGGUGGAGGUGCGGCGGGCCUGUGCGCUGCACGGUACCUCACCAAGAAGCCUGACAUGUUUCAGGUGGUGGUCUACGAGCAGUCAGAUCAGAUCGGAGGCACCUGGGUCUACACGGAGGAUGUCGGCACGGACAAGUAUGGCCAGCCGGUUCACUCAAGCAUGUACUACCGGCUGAGAACAAACCUUCCCAAGGAGGUCAUGAUGUUCCCUGAUCUUCCUCUCAAGGAGGGCGGGAGAACUUCCUUUAUCAAGCACAACGAUGUCCUCCGUUACCUGAAGCGAUAUGCUGCAACGUAUGACUUGCAUAAAUAUAUUCAGCUGCAGACUAGGGUCGAGUUGGUGAAGCCAAUCACGAGCAACGACAGAACUACAUGGGAAGUGACUGUGAAGAAUGCAGAGGACCCUGACGCCGUGCCGCAGGUCCAUGUGUUUGAUGCAGUAAUGGUCUGCAAUGGUAAGUAUGCAGUGCCCAGUUACCCAGAUAUACCUGGCUUGGAGACGUUCACGGGGAAAGUCAUCCACAGUCAUGAAUACCGCCACCCAGAGGAUUUCCAGGGCCAGACAGUGGUCCUCUUGGGUGCCGGAGCCUCUGGCUGCGACAUCUGUGUGGACCUCCACCCGUUUGUGGAUAAAAUCUACCUCAGCCACCACAAACAGGAGAUUACCAGCAUGCUUCCCAGUAAUUUGCAGCAGGUGCCGGAUAUCGCGUCGAUCGACAAUGGCAGCAUCGUGUUCACCGACGGGCAGCGUGCAGAGGCCGAUGCGCUGAUCUUGUGCACAGGCUACCUGUACAACUUCCCGUUCCUGGCAGCGGAGUGCGGGGUGGUCGUGGACCGGAUGCGCAUCUCGCCUCUCUACAAGCACGUCCUGCACACUGGGUUCCCGUCCUUGUCCUUCAUGGGUAUGGUGUGGAGCAUCAACCCCUUCCAGCUGUUCAGCUGCCAGGUACGCUUUGCCAUGGCCGCGCUGGAUGGCACAAUGACCCUACCCAGCACCAUCGACAUGGACACCGACACGCAGCAGGACUACGAGUAUCGGCGCCACGAGUUGAAGUACCCCCACCAUUACGCCCACAAGUUGGACUCGAUGCAGUGGGACUACAAAAAGGAACUUUUGCAACUGGCAAAGGUAGAGGAGGACGACGAGGCCAUCAACCCCAUCUUUGAGGAGAUGUACAAUGAAACGCAUCACCUCCGAACUAAGGACCUGGUUAACUAUAAGACUCGAAGCUUUGAGAUGUCUGAUGACUUGAAAAGUUGGGAACUUUUAUAACAUUCCGUAGUUGGGAAUUUGAGCACUUUCAGGGGAAUUUGUGUUUGAAACCACCAACUACCUUUUUCAUUUAAAUAACCGAAAAGUCAUUUUAUUACAUUUUCAUGAAGUUUAAUGACCCACAGUCUUCAUUACGAAAUCAAAGUGGAAGGCACCGGUAAAAAAGAUUCUAAUAAGUGACUUUUAAGCACUUUUAUGCAUGUAUUGACUGAUCCAACAACUAAAAUGGGAGGCCAUAACCAGGCCAUAAAUCUGUAUUGCUGACUGAAGGGGAUGGAGAUGAGGGGGGGAACCAUGUGACAUUAUAAUUUCCUAUCUCCCAGACAGCAUUCCCCCAGUAACAGUUUGGUAUUGCAAGAUCUGUCCAGUUUCUCCAAUGCUGUGAAAUUCCCUGGUGUCAUUGUUUAUGUAUCAUACAGAGGUGACCCAAAAUUGAAUUCUGAGAUAUUUUUAAUGAACCCUAUUAUAUAAAAUUGAAUUUUAAAGUAAAAUGUCCAUGUACAUUUACCUGUAAUUCUUGUUUUAGAGUUGUAAAGUAAAGAAUCCCUUUUUAAAACUUUAGCCCAGCGAAUGGACCUAAAGUAAAAAACAAAGGGAAAUAAAUGACCAAACUGUCCCUGUUGGUAGGUUUUCUAAUCCACAGAUUUUGCUCAGGGAGUACAUGACAGUUGUUUAAGUCUGUGGUGUUUCCUUUGAGAAACAAAGAGAGAUCUUUGAGCUCAUCAACAUUUUGCAUGAAUGCAGUGCAAGACCUUUGUUUUUAUACAGUAGACACAACUAAUCUGAUCAUUUGAUUUAAGACGCCGGACAGUAAUGGUAAAUUUUUUAUUGUGUAAAAAUGCAAAAAAAAGUGUAUUAAUAAAAUAAAGUGGCACUUUUAUGUA